CUUUGCCCACUCCUCUUCUAAUCCUUUGAAGCAAGGUAGAAUUUCGGAUGUUGAGGGUGUGGUACUGUUCAAUGGAGUGUCUCCUGAAGUAUCGUUCGAGGCCGAGGUAUUAAUAAAAAUGCUGUGA